UCAGAAGCACGUUUUUAAAAUUCGCUUUCUAUUCAUAUUUUAUCUGAACAUUUAGAAAUUUAGCUAUUUGAAAAAUCUGAUCUUCAACCACGUGUAGUACAAUAUAGAAGAGAGAAAAAAAAGUAAAUUUUACCUCCCGCUUCAGAAAUACAACGAAUAAUCUGCUGCUCAGAAGAGAACGGUACUGACAGAAUAUAUUACUCAGGCGUGUGACUAUUCAGUGUUCAUCAGCGAUACGGCGGUCUACCAGGCUUUCCAAACACAGCAAGCCCACGGAAGCCAAGCCACCAUGACAAAGACGACUGCCGACAGGCACCGCUAUCUAUGCGGACUGGGGCAGGGACAUUGAUCCCUGCCUUCCAACUUCCCUUCGCCGGACUCAGGCUUCUCUAGGCUCUGACCCAGGCGUUACAGAGGCGGCAUGGAAAUAGAGGAAUCUACACUCAAACAAGGCACGUGUGGAGGAAAGGUCUACAGAACUACAAGACAGGUCAAGAAAAACGUGAAGGGAACUGGGCACCGCUACCCUUCUAUACGGAGAAAAAUGAUCACAGCAUGAACUUCAGGUGCCAGAAGACACCUUUCUUAACCGGCUUGCACUGAGAACCAAUUCCUGAAUCAACUCAGCAUGGCCUACAGAGGAGGAGGUGGGCAUGGCCAGCCCCCCUCAGUGACCCCUUCCCAGUUUAGCCCUGGAAGUCUAUCCACCAACAGCAGCACAACACAUAAUAUAUGCAUGGUGUCUGACUUUUUCUACCCAAACAUGGGAGGUGUGGAAAGCCACAUUUACCAGCUCUCUCAGUGCCUCAUCGAGAGGGGGCACAAGGUCAUAAUCGUCACCCAUGCUUACGGAAAUCGAAAGGGCAUCCGUUACCUCACCAACGGCCUCAAAGUUUAUUACUUGCCUCUCAGAGUCAUGUACAACCAAUCUACAGCCACGACUCUCUUUCACAGUCUGCCAUUGCUCAGGUACAUAUUUGUGCGGGAGAGAGUUACCAUAAUCCAUUCCCACAGUUCUUUUUCUGCCAUGGCCCAUGAUGCUCUCUUCCACGCCAAGACAAUGGGGCUUCAGACAGUCUUCACAGACCAUUCCCUUUUCGGAUUUGCUGAUGUCAGCUCGGUGCUCACAAACAAGCUUCUAACUGUGUCGCUUUGUGACACAAACCACAUCAUUUGUGUCUCUUAUACAAGUAAGGAAAACACUGUCCUACGAGCAGCAUUGAACCCUGAAAGAGUGUCUGUCAUUCCUAAUGCUGUGGAUCCUACUGACUUCACCCCAGGACCACUUCGCAGGCAUGACAGUGGGAUAACUAUUGUUGUCGUGAGCAGACUUGUUUACAGAAAGGGGAUCGACCUGCUCAGUGGGAUUAUACCUGAACUCUGUCAGAAAUAUCCCGAGUUAAAUUUCCUAAUUGGAGGAGAGGGACCAAAGAGUAUAGUUUUGGAAGAAGUACGGGAAAGAUACCAACUACAUGACAGGGUACAUCUUUUGGGAGCUUUAGAACACAAGGAUGUCAGAAAUGUCUUAAUUCAAGGCCAUAUUUUUCUUAAUACCUCCCUGACCGAAGCCUUCUGCAUGGCAAUCCUGGAAGCCGCCAGCUGUGGUCUACAGGUUGUCAGCACCAAGGUUGGUGGGAUUCCCGAAGUCCUUCCAGAGAAUCUUAUUAUUUUAUGUGAACCUUCAGUAAGAUCUUUGUGUAAAGGGCUGGAAAAAGCUAUUUUCCAAGUGAAGUCGGGGAUGUUACCAGAUGCAGAAAAUAUCCACAACGCAGUAAAGGCUCUCUACACCUGGCGGAAUGUGGCGGAGAGAACCGAGAAGGUGUAUGAGAGGGCGGGGAAGGAAGCCGUGCUGCCGAUGCAUAAGAGGCUGAACAGGCUCAUCUCUCACUGCGGCCCACUUACAGGCCACAGCUUUGCUUUGUUGGCUGUGUUCAGCUAUCUUUUCCUCAUGUUCCUGAGAUGGAUGACUCCCGAUUCGGUCAUUGAUGUGGCAAUAGAUGCCACUGGGCCGAGGGGAGCGUGGGCUCAUGAGUGUCCUCAUGACACAAAAGGAGACGAGACUGACAAGGUAUCCAAAGGCAGGUGGAAGUGAGUCUGAACUGUAAACUUUGGCAGUUCUAUUAACACAGUUGAAAAUAACCUUGUUCUUUUGUUUUUGAGCUUUGACUUUGACUUGAUUCUGCUUUUUAAGUCCUAGGGACCAGUACCACUGCUGAUACUAGUGUAGGCUUAAAAACUGACUUAUUGUUGUGUGUGUAAGACAUGUAUGUAGGUUAGAACAAUGUUUCUAUAUACAGACCCUGAUUAUAACUGUCAGUGUAUGUGGAAACACAUCGUUCCACCCAGCUACUUACAAUUUAAAGUGAAGUGAACAUUGAAGAAUUUUCUAAUAAGACUGCAUUUUUUUUUUGUUUGUUUUUGUUUUUCGAGACAAGAUUUCUCUGGGUAACAGUUCUGGCUGUCCUAGAACUCACUUUGUAGACCAGGCUGGCCUCAAAC